AUGCGACAAGUAGAGUUAGAAAAUACCUAAACUGAAGGGAAGACUUAAAAAUUUUGCCAUACCAAGAAUUUUGAAAGUCCUUCAAACAUGACGAAGUAAAAAAAGAGUAUUACCAUUAAAGAAAAAGUUGCUGAUAAUCUAUAUAAAACAAAGAAUAAAGUAAUUAAUAAAUCCUAAGUUUUUAGAUAAUCAAAUAACUCCUAUAAAUGCCAAAUAAACUAAUCGUUAAUCAUGUUUCAAUUAAUCAAUUUACUAGGAUUGGCUUUUAAUAAUAAAGUAUCUGA